GACAAGAUGACGAUUCACAUUUUUGCCAAAGGAGCCAGUGAGUCAUCGUGUUGAAGCUUCCGAAGUGCACACUUGGCAAGGUUCUGACCAAAUUUACCACUUGAUUUCAGGAUGACUGAGGAUUUAGAUCACAGAUUCAGUUGUCUCACCUGGGAACAGAUUAAAAUAUUGGAUCAAGUGCUCACAGAGGCAAUACCCAUUCAUGGAAGAGGGAAUUUCCCAACGUUGGAGGUAAAGCCAAAGGACAUCAUCCACGCUGUCAAGGAGCAACUGACCAGGAAGCAAAUUGUCAUCCGGGACAUCCGCCUGAACGGCUCCACCGCGAGCCACAUCCUCGCCAAGCAAAACGGAACCAGCUACAAAGAUCUGGACAUCAUUUUUGGGGUUGAACUUCCAAGCGAGCAGGAAUUUCAGGUUGUCAAGGAGGCCGUCCUGAAUUGCCUCUUGGACUUCUUGCCAAAAUGCGUCAACAAGGAGAAGAUCACGGCACAGACGAUGAAGGAUGCCUACGUGCAGAAGAUGGUCAAGGUGUCCACAGAUCACGACCGCUGGAGCCUCAUCUCCUUGUCCAAUAACAGUGGCAAGAACGUCGAACUCAAGUUUGUGAACUCCCUCAGGCGGCAAUUUGAGUUCAGCGUCGAUUCCUUUCAGAUUAUCCUGGACUCCAUGUUGAAUGUUUACAGCGGCAUGGACAGCAAGCUGUCGGAAGACUCUCCUUUGUCUGUGAUUGCAGAGAGCAUGUACGGAGACUUCAAGGAGGCCAUGGACCACCUGAAAUACAAACUGAUUGCUACCAGGAACCCUGAAGAAAUCCGCGGAGGAGGCCUGUUGAAAUAUAGCAAUCUCCUGGUGCGGGAUUUUAAGCCGGCAGAUGAGGCGGAGAUUAAGUCCUUGGAACGGUACAUGUGUUCGAGGUUCUUCAUUGACUUCCCCGACGUGGCGGAGCAACAGAGGAAGAUCGAGUCCUACCUGCGCAACCAUUUCAUCGGGGAAGAGAAAAGCAAGUACGACUACCUGAUGACGCUGCGAGGGGUGGUGAACGAGAGCACGGUUUGCCUCAUGGGCCACGAGCGAAGGCAGACGCUCAACAUGAUCACCAUCCUGGCUCUCAAAGUGCUCGGGGAGCAAAACAUCAUCCCCAACGUGGCGAACGUCACGUGCUACUACCAGCCUGCUCCGUACAUCAGCGACAGGAAUUUCAGCAAUUAUUAUAUUGCCCACGGACAACCCCCCAUUCUCUACCAGCCCUUUUCCUUUCACAUACACAUGCAGAGUGGUAUGGUAUAAGGUACCACUCCACCAGCUAGCCUUACAUCAGCGCCCACCCCAAACUCACUCUUUCGGCCCCUCGUCACUUCGAAAUAAAGCCUUCGUUAAAGCCAA